AUGUUAGAUUCAUCAAAUUCAAGUCUCUAUGAUGCAACGAAAGAAUGGAAAGAAAAGGCAGAUGAUGCACUUCAGGCUUCUCUUGCUCGAUUCUAUUCUAGUAUUGAUAAAAAUCAAAGAAGAUCAACAAAUACAACUUCAAUCUCAAGAUUACUUGCUCAAACCAAGAGAGGUCCAUCCCAAAAAGAGAUUGAUAAGGAAAACGAAAUGAAAGAAAAGCAAUCCAAACAAUGGACAAGAACUCAAAUUGAAGAAAUCAAUAUUCAAGCAGAAAAGGAAAUGGAAAGUCUUAAUAAGCUUAAAGUACAGCAGCAACAGCAAUUUCAAUUACAGUUAAGUGAGAAAAAUGAUGUUUGGGAUAAAGUCUUGAUGGAAAGGAGAGCUGAAGCUGCAAAGCUUAGAUUUAUGAUUUCUAAACUUUCCAAUGAGAUCUCUCGUGCAAGAAAUGAAGCAAAAUCAGCGAUUGAUGCAGCUAAAAAACAAGAAAAUGAAAAUUUACGUGCUAUACGCUUGAGCAGAGAGAAGUUGAUCCGUCAAAUAUCUCAGCUUACAAGUGAUAUUCAAAAGGAAAAGAUCAUGUUUGAAAGUGAAAAUAGAUUAACCAAAUCUACUUCAGAUUCCAACUUAAGUCAAAAACAAGACACAUUAGCAAGACUUCAAUCCCGUUUGUCUGCUCUUAAAGUCCUUCAAAACAAUAAAGAAGAAGGUCAGCAGCUAUCUUUCAAAGAAGAAUUAAAAAAGAUCAAGCAAUUGAAAGCGCUGCUUGAAGAAAAGAAUGCUGAAAUAGUUCAGAAGCAAAGUGAUGUAAUGGUUAUGAAGAAACAAUGUGCUUCUAUGGCUAGACUUAUAUGUGCAAGAAAAGAUGAAGCUUCAUCAUAUGAUAGACAGAUUACCGCAAUCAAGAAGGAUAACGAGCGUAUUGAGGAUGAAAUCGCAAAGAUGGAUAGAAAUUCACUUCCUCUUAGAAGAUUGUCAGCAGCUUUUGUGUAA